AUGCCUGAUUCAGAGCGCGAGCUCACUUACGAAGAACGGCUCGAAGAGCUCGGUAACGAGUUGGACGACUUCAUCAAUGACUGUCCAGAAGAUCCUACAUCGGAAACUGAGACGGAGCUGAUCAACAUCUUCAAGGAGGUUGUUGGCAUUGUGCGGGAGGCCGAGACUGCCAACUACGAUGGGCUGGAGAGAGCCACAUGCCUUCGUGAUGAUGAAAACGCCCUCCUGCUAAAGGACACAUCCGCGCACGGCAAAUUCUCUCAUGGGUUUAUUGGCAAGCUUGGCCCCUUUCUAGGAGAGCUAUUAAAUGUUUUUGGCUCAGGCAGAAGUAUCGAAGAGGUCACAUCGAGGUCAAAUUUUGCCGAUCCAUGGAAAAAGACCAGGCGACCGCACCCUCUGUCCACCCCGUGUUCUCGCUUCACAGAGUCCCUUCCAGAGUGGACCGCCACGGGCGCCAACACUCGCGCCACUUCAGUUUUCGAGGCACGAUGUGAAAUAUCAUCUGGAGAUACCCACAAUCCCAUCAACAUGGCCCUCUCAACCAAUGGAAACCUUCUUGCCCUCUCCUCUAUGGGAGGCUGGAAGAACAGGACGCCGUACUUGUACUACUACCUUCCGAACCACGAACACGAUGAUCUUGGCGAAUUCAUGAAGUCUCAUUGCAUCGAAGUUGAUCUUUUCUCUGGGCUUGACCAACUCAUACUCGACGAUGAGAAGAAGCUGAUGUUCGUUGCGGACUGGUCGAGGAUCAAGUCCUACAAGUGGACUGAACCUGCCGAAGGGGGGAAGUUCGUCCAAGCUCUUCGCGUUCAUACGAUGGAGUCGAAGGAGUAUAACGGUCCUCUUGCGAUGUUACCGAAUAAUCGCGUUUCACGUUUUCUAAUUUCAUUGGACGCAUACGUCGACGCACAUGGGUUAGAUACGGAGUCAGCUAUAUAG